AUGGGCGCCUCCCUGGAUCGGGAGCACAGCGGGACACCCUGUCGGAUCCGGAGGUAUGGAAGUCAGCAGCCGGUCUGCGAAGGUGGCAAAGGGCGGCAAACAGCAGCUAGUCCUGCCUCUCACUAUGACUCCCGGAGCAGCACCUACAACAUGUACCGGCAAUACCGGGACUUGACCACCGCGGGCGCUGUCACCCAGUGCUACCGCGCCAGGGCCCACUCCGUCCAGAUCACUCCACCAGAUGAAGGUGGAGGUGAUUGCAGCCAGCAAGUGCCGCCGGCCGGCUGUCAAGCAGUUCCACGACUCCAAGAUCAAGUUCCUGCUGCCCCACCGGGUCCUGCGCCGUCAGCACAAGCCACGCCUCACCCCAAGAGGCCCAACACCUUCUUCUAG